AUGUCUUGGGUACUGUUUUUCUCAAUUACUUUUAUUACUAAAGUACAUACCAUUGAUUUAUAUUCUCCAUGGAUAAUCUCCGCUGGUCCAACCUUCAAUGCCUACAAGUACAACGUCCUUCAACAUCUUACCAGCAUUUCACCUUAUUUUGAAUCUAUCUCUGACGGACUAAACCCUGAUCCUCCUCAAGGUUGCAAAGUCAAUAAAGCUGUCUAUCUCGUGCGCCAUGGUUCCAUUUACGUAAACGACAAUGAUUACUUCUUGACUAUUGAACCAUUUUUGCAACGUCUCAAGAACUCGUCUUAUUACGUUGACUUUUCCAAUUCGACAGAGUUAGCUUUCUUAACUCACUGGACCUCAUACAUAUUGAACAGCAAAGAACAAAUAGAAAAGCUUGCCAAACUCGGGUUUGUCGAAUCAUUUAAUUUUGGUGCUCGCCUCGCACAUCGAUAUCCACAUUUAUUACCUGUAAAAAAGGAUGCGUCUUUCAAAGUCUGGGGAUCAAGUGCGAAUAGAACAUUGCGCAGUGCCGAGGCUCUCUUUGCUGGACUUUAUGCUGGCCAUGAAACGAUCGGUAAUGUAGUUAGUAUAUUAGAAGGCAGAGAUCAAGGAGCCAAUACACUGACACCGAGGAGAACCUGUCCAAUAUUUAAUACUUCACAUGCUUUUAAACUAUCUGAUGAAUGGCUAAAAUAUUACACAGUACCAAUUAUAGCGCGACUGAACGCUAAAGGAUCGGGAUUUCAAUUUACACCAAAAGAUGUGUUAGCGAUGCAAGAACUGUGUGGAUAUGAAACGAUCAUUCGAGGUUCAUCAGCAUUCUGUGAAAUUUUUACUUCCGAAGAAUGGUUAUCUUUUGAAUACUAUGAAGAUAUCAAGUACUACUAUGAGCUGGGUUACGGAAAUACUAAAUCAGUUAGCCUCGGUAUGCCUUGGGUCGUUGCAACAGGAAAUCUUCUUAAUCAAACAGAUGUCAAUGAUCAACAUCUAUAUAUUAGCAUCGUUCAUCGACAAAUGCCACCCUUUGUUGUGACAGCAUUGGGUUUAUACAAUGAUUCUGAGUACACUAGCCCAACAAAUAUAAAUCAUACGCUUCCACUCAACGAAAUUAAUAAUCGACGAGCAUGGAAAACGAGCCGUUUCUUGACAUUUAUGGGCAACAUUGCAUUGGAACGACUUGAUUGUGCAUCUGCUGCGUACACUGGAUCAUUUGUGAGAGUUCUUGUGAAUUCAGCACCAGAGCCUCUACCAGGAUGUAGAAGUGGUCCGAGUUUUAGUUGUCCCUUAAAACAGUACAUGGAUUAUGUCAAGCGCCGCAGUGACUCAUACGAAGCUUUUACGAAAGCUUGCGGAUUAGAAAACAGAAAUGCUGCUGAAACGUUGAGUUUUUUUGUGAACGAAAAAGUUGUUUAG